UUGAUUAACUAAGGCACAAUGUUAGAAUCAUAUGUGACUCCUAUUCUGAUGAGUUAUGUAAAUCGCUACAUUAAGAAUUUGAAGCCCUCUGACUUACAGCUGUCACUUUGGGGAGGAGAUGUAGUUCUUAGCAAACUUGAACUAAAACUCGAUGUGUUGGAACAGGAGCUGAAGCUGCCAUUUACCUUUUUAAGUGGACACAUUCAUGAGUUGCGCAUCCACGUGCCAUGGACCAAACUUGGCUCCGAGCCAGUUGUGAUUACAAUCAAUACAAUGGAAUGCAUCUUGAAGCUAAAGGAUGGAGCCCAGGAUGACCAUGAAAGCUGUGGCUCCAGUUCAACAACUCGUAGCACCUCAGAAGGUACAAAGACAUCAAUUAGACCGCGAAGAAUUCAGCAGACCACUCCUGAUCCUGAUUUGCCACCAGGCUAUGUACAGAGUUUAAUUUGGCGUGUUGUAAACAAUGUCAACAUUGUCAUCAAUAAUCUCAUACUCAAAUAUGUCGAGGAUGAUAUUGUUCUUUCAGUCAAUAUCACUUCAGCAGAAUGUUAUACAGUGGAUGAGUUUUGGGAUCGGGCAUUUAUGGAUAUAUCAGCAACGGAUAUGGUACUAAGGAAGGUGAUCAAUUUUUCUGACUGCACAGUUUGCUUAGACAAGAGGAAUGCUAGUGGCAAAAUUGAGUUUUAUCAGGAUCCCCUACUUUACAAGUGUUCAUUCAGGACUCGUCUACACUUCACUUAUGAUAAUCUUAAUUCUAAGAUGCCAUCUAUUAUUAAAAUUCAUACGUUGGUUGAAAGCUUGAAGUUGUCUAUAACUGACCAACAACUCCCUAUGUUUAUUCGCAUAAUGCAACUUGGGAUUGCGCUAUACUAUGGAGAAAUAGGCAACUUUAAGGAUGGAGAAAAUGAAGACUUGAUUUGUCACACUAAGGAUGUUUUGGGAAAUAUCUCAGGUUUAGAAGAUGAAAUAGGCCAUGAUAUGCAGUAUGUUUCUUCGGAAUCUCACGUUCAGCAAGACGAUGACCAGCAGCAGGGCUGGGUAUCCUGGGCCUGGUCUUUUGUACCGGCUAUUGUGGGUAAUGACGAUGAAGAGGGAGACUCUGCUGGAACCGAUGAUGAAACAGCAACGAAUCAGCAGAAAUCACCAACAGUGAAGGACCCCGUUGUUUCAAUUGGAUUUUACUGCACAAAGGCUACUGUCACAUUCAAGCUCACUGAAAUGCAAGCUGAAAGUAGUUAUUACAGUCCACAGAAAGUGAAAUCUAAAGAAAUAAUAUGCUGGGAACAAGAAGGGACUACAGUUGAGGCCCUCAUGAGGGGAGAGCCCUUCUUUGAUUGCCAAAUAGGCUUUGUUGGUUGUCAAGCUCUUUGCCUUAAAGGAAUUAUGGGAAUUAAAGAUUUUGAAGAAAACAUGAAUAGAAGUGAUGCAGAGGCCUACUUUUUCAAUUGUGGAGAAAAUUUGAGCACAAAAGGGAUGACAUAUCUCACCAAUUCACUGUUUGAUUACAGAAGUCCAGAAAACAAUGGGGUUCGUGCAGAUUUCAUUUUGGAUGCAGCUGCUCACAAGGAGAUGUACACAGAGAUAGCUGGAAUGCAGAGGUUUGGAGCUUUCUACAUGGAUUAUCUGUACACAAUGGAAAGCACCGGUGGCAAAGGGUCUGGAAAUCAAGCAGAGGUAUCUUCCGUAAAGAUUGAAGACUUGGGCAGAGUUCAGGAGAUGUCUACAAAAAGUCUGAUUGUAGGCCCUCUCAGUCUUCGACUUGAUAGUAGCGCAGUGCACAGGAUUAUGAAAAUGAUUGCUUGUGCUCUAGAACAUGAAUAUGAGCCGUACAGCAAGUCUAAACAAGAUUUUGUAGAUGGAACUCAAGCUAUGCCAAGUUUAGAAGAAAUAUCAGUUUUGGAGGAAUAUAUUCCAACUCGAAUUACCAACUUUACAAUUCUGAAAUGCACUGUUACAAUUCCUAUGGCUGAAUUCAACUUGCUGUGUCACUUGCUGCCUAUAAUCAUGGGACAAAAGAGUUCAAGCAGCUUCUUAAAUACUACCAGUCUUCAGCCUCUCCGUCCUCUGCCUUGUAUCCAGAUAUUGGUGAACAAAAUUGUCUUGGAACACUCCUUACCUAUGUAUGCUGAACAGCUUGUACAAACUGUCAGCAGCCUUAACCAGCCAUCCGAUAACUUACUUCACUAUUGUUAUGCACACUGCUAUCUGAAGAUAUUUGGUUUUCAGGCAGGGCUAUCCUCCUUGGAUAUUAAUGGGUUGUACAGCUCACCAGCCUCAGUUGUUCCCCCAUUCAGUACUGCUUUUUAUGGCAAAAUGCUCCAGCUUCCAAAGUGUUGGUCCAAGCGGUCUCAUGUUGCAUUGAAGGAAUGUAUAUUUGAGCUUCCAAAUCUGACAAUCCAAGCAACGAGAGCCCAGACGUUUCUACUGCAGACUAUUUGGCAGAGUUGGGUUUAUAUUGGAAGUGUUAAUUCGCCAGUUGUAAAUGAAGCUUUGCUGAAUGAGGUCUUCCAAUCAUCAGGUGUGAAAUCUAAGAAUCCCCUGCCAACUCUUGAGGGCUCAAUCCAGAAUGUUGAAUUGAAGUACUGCAGCACAUCAUUGGUCAAAUGCGCCUCUGGGACCAUGGGAUCAAUAAAAAUUUGUGCCAAAGCCCCAGGUGGUGGUGGAAAGGAGAAGCUAAUCCCUUUAAUUCAAGGGCCAUCUGAUACCAGAGACUUACACAGCAGCAAAUGGCUCAAUGAAAGCCGAAAGCCAGAGUCUCUGCUUGCUCCAGAUUUGUUGGCCUUCACAAUUCAAGUCCCUCAGCAUAAGGACUACAACUAUAACUCAGGAGCUGUGCUUUUAGCGAACAUGCAAGGAUUGACAGUCAACGUUGAUCCAGUCUUAUAUACUUGGCUAACAUACCAGCCUCAGAAACGAAGCAGCAGGCCCCCCAUGCAACAGCCAUCUGGAUCAGUUUCUCUUGGGGCACCAGUUACUAGGAAAAAAGAGGAUGAGGUGUCAGUUGGAAGCAUGCCUUUGGCUAAGCAGCAAUCGAAUCAGGCCUCAGAAUAUGCCAGCAGCCCUGUCAAAACAAAAACAGUAACAGAAUCUCGGCCUUUAUCAGUUCCAGUGAAAGCCAUGCUGAGCUCUUCUGAAAGCUGUAGCAAAAGUCCUGAGGAAAGAAUGAAAGAAUUUAUUGGAGUUGUGUGGAAUGCAGUCAAGCGCCUUACACUUCAGCUUGAAGUGCAGUCGUGCUGUGUGUUCAUUCCAAAUGACAGCCUGCCAUCUCCUAGUACAAUUGUCUCUGGUGACAUUCCUGGGACUGUCCGAAGUUGGUAUCAUGGGCAGGCCAGUAUGCCUGGAACUCUUGUUCUUUGCUUACCCCAGGUAAAGAUUAUGAGUGCUGGCCACAAGUACAUGGAGCCCCUACAAGAGAUUCCCUUUGUUGUGCAAAGACCAAUUCUUGAAGAAGGUGAUGCUUUCCCUUGGACAAUAAGUCUGAGUCAUUUCAGUAUCUACACGCUUCUUGGGCAGCAAAUGACCCUUAAUUUAAUCGAGCCCAUGGGCUGCACUUCUACUUUGGCAGUCACUUCACAAAAACUGCUUGCUGCGGGGUCUGAAUAUAGGCACUCAUUUGUUGUAUGUCUUCAUGUUGACCUUGAGUCACUAGAAGUUAAAUGCUCAAAUCCUCAGGUGCAGUUGCUGUAUGAGCUAAUAGAUAUCAUGAACAAAGUCUGGAAUAAGAUUCAAAAGAAAGGCACUCUGCAUCAAUCCACGGCCUGCGCAGAAUCCGUUUCAGGGCCUGCACCUCCUAGUUCUCCUGUUAAAAGUAGUGUUGGGACAGCUCCGCCAGAUACCAGCACAUGUAGCCCAUCUGCUGACAUUGGGACAACUACAGAGGGUGAAUCUCUUCAAGGUGGUGAUGACUCUCCAUUUUCAGAUUCUGUUACUUUAGAGCAAACAACAAGCAAUAUUGGCAUAUCAAGUGGACGUGUUAGCUUAUGGAUGCAAUGGAUGUUGCCAAAACUCACAGUGAAGUUAUUUGCACCGGACCCAGGAAAUAAAGGCACAGAGAUUUGCGUUGUGAGUGAAUUAGAAGACCUCAGUGCCUCAGUAGACGUACAAGAUGUCUACACUAAAGUGAAAUGUAAAAUAGAAAGCUUCAAUAUUGACCACUACAGAAACAGCUUUGGGGAAGACUCUUGGUCUCUUGGGAAAUGUGGAGGUGUCUUCCUUUCCUGUACUGACAAGCUGAACAGACGUACAUUGUUGGUUCGACCCGUCAGCAAGCAGGAUCCUUUCAGUAACUUCUCAGGCUUCUUUCCCUCUGCAACUGCAAAACUUUUGGAUGGUUCUCAUCAACAGCACGGAUUUCUCUCCCUGACUUACACAAAGGCAGUCACCAAAAAUGUCCGUCACAAAUUGAUUUCAAGAAAUGAGCGGAGAAUCUUGCAUAAAUUAUCUGAGAGUUUCACUGACGGUUCUCCUCAUUUCCUUCAUGAGAUCCUUCUUUCAGCUCAGGCGUUUGAUGUUGUCCUCUGCUUUCCUUUUCUCAAUGCAAUUGCAAGCAUAUUUCAAGCAAAAUUGCCACGGAGCCCAAAAGAGAAAAGAAAAUCACCAGGCCAGCCUACAAGGACUCAUAUGCUCACAUCUCGCAACUUGCCGCUUAUUUAUAUCAACACUGGGGUAAUUAGAAUAUUCUUUCCCAAAAUGGAAGAAGUGCAGCAUAAUACAGAAGCUAAUAAAGAAGAUACUUUGGUCCUUAGGAUUGGUUCUGUAUCUAUGGCUCCGCAGGCCGACAAUCCUCUUAGUAGAGUUGUGCUGAGAAAAGAUAUUUAUCAGAGAGCAUUGAAUCUAGGAAUCAUUCGAGAUCCUGGAUCAGAGGUCGAAGACAGGCAAUAUCAAAUAGAUCUCCAUUCCAUCAACAUUGGUACAGCUCAGUGGGAUCAGUUGAAGCCAGAGAAGGAAAAUGGUAAAGGAAGGACCCUGCCAGAAAGUGAAAGAAAUUCUCAGAAUCCAGCCCUUGAAUGGAAUAUGGCUAGUAGCAUAAGGCGACAGCAAGAACGGAGAGCCAUUUUAACGCCAAUUUUAACAGACUUUACAGUGCGAAUAACUGCAGCUCCUGCCAUCAUUUUCACGAAAGUCAUUUCACCAGAGAAUGUGCAUACAGAGGAGAUUUUAGUUUGUGGCCAUUCUUUGGAAGUGAAUAUGACAACAAGCCUGGACUUCUUCCUCAGCGUGGCUCAAGUACAACUUCUGCAGCAAUUAAUAAAAGCUAAUAUGGUUGCUUUGGAGCCAUCUGGUAAAGCUGCCGAGGUUACCAAACAGGAACAGAAAAAAAUGGAUACAUCUGAUGGAGGUAUAGCUGAAACAUCUUCACGUUACAGUGGCGCCCAGGACAGUGGUAUUGGCAGUGAUAGUGUUAAAAUCCGAAUAGUUCAAAUAGAACAACACAGUGGCACCAGCCACCACCGCAUUGCCCGUCCUUCCCGGCAAUCUUCUAUUGUGAAGAACCUGAACUUUAUUCCCUUUGACGUUUUUAUUACAGCCAGUCGAAUCUCCUUUAUGACUUAUUCAUGUACCAUGCUAGCUAAAUCAAAAUCACUGGAGGAUGAGAAAGAUGGUGAAAAAACGAGCAAAACUUCAUUAAAGCUUCCAGAAACAGACUCGGGCAUGGAUCACGACUGCAAGAAGCCCACUGGAGCAGGUGUUUCAUCAAUAACAGCUGAUGAUCUCCUGAACACUAAUAGUUCAUUAACCUCUGCUAAAAAGGCAGGUGUUCUGUCACUGGAAAGCCUUCAUGCCUCUACAAGAUCAUCUGCAAGGCAAGCCCUGGGUAUAACUAUCGUUCGUCAGCCUGGUCGCAGAGGAACCGGUGACUUGCACUUAGAGCCGUUUUUGCACCUUGUUGUAUCCCAGCCUUCUUUGAUCUUAAGCUGUCAUCACAGAAAACAAAGAGUGGAAGUGUCUGUAUUUGAUGCUGUCCUCAAAGGCAUAGCAUCUGACUACAAGUGUACGGAUCCUGGAAAAACUCUACCAGAAACUCUCGACUACUGCAAGACGUGGUUACAAACAGUGGCAGGAGAAAUAGAUCCUAAAAGCGGCAUCCCACCUCCUCUCAUCACAUUCCAGAUUAUAGACUUCCUCAACGGGCCAGCUGACAUAAAUGUGGAUAUCUCAAAGCCUUUGAAAGCCAAUUUCAGCUUUGUCAAACUAGAUCAAAUAAAACAAUUUAUGAAAAAGAUCAGAAGCAAAAGUGAUUAUGAGGCCCAGGAGGAAAACACUUCAGCAGCUGAUAGUCUUCCAAAGAAGGAUGACACCUUAACAUCCCAAUGUUACAAAAGCAGGAUUUCUGACUUGGAAGAUCAUGGUGAUGGAGCUCAAAAGAUUUCAACUCAAGAAAACCUGUGGAGGGGCAUUUCCUGUUGUCAGAAGAUUUCUGUCCACACCACUCAGAUGGUGGUCUCUAUGGAACCUCAUCCAAAUCCUAGUAAACCUUGCUUACUAGCAUCUUUAUCAACCCUCAGUGGACAUUUGAGUGUGAAAGCUAACUCUAAGAGUAAAGGUAUAAUUAAUGGCACAUCUUUAAUGCUUGAUAUUGAUGAUUUCCUCGUUAAGACAAGCCUCAAGGAAAAAAGCAGAAUGCUGGUUGGGCCUGUCUGCUGCUCUGUCGCCGUGGAAGCUAAAUGGUGUAAGCACAGUGGUAAUCCUGGUCCGGACUUGUCAGUUCCAAAAGUCCAUGUUGACGUGAGAGGUGGACUGAUGCAGGUUUUCUGGGGUCAAGAGCAUUUGAACUGCUUAGUUCUUAUACAUGAACUUCUGCAAGGUUACCUUCAGCAAGAAGAGAUGGAGAGGCAGAGCUUUGGUCAUAUGUAUACAGCACCACAUUCCACAGACAGGAACCAGUAUUCUAAAACAGAGCAUACCUCAGACGAUCUAAGAACAGGCCUGUUUCAGUACAUACAAGAUGCAGAGGCGCAGAAACUGCCCAAUGCCUAUGAAGUUGUGUUUUACAAUGAAACCGAUGAUAAUCCAGGAAUGAUGUUAUGGAGAUACCCAGAGCCCAGAGUGCUCACCCUUGUGAGAAUUACUCCGGUUCCUUUUAACACUACAGAAGAUCCAGAUAUUAGCACUGCAGACCUUGGUGAUGUUCUUCAGAUUCCUUGCAGCUUGGAAUACUGGGAUGAGCUCCAGAAGUCAUUUGUAGCAUUCAGAGAAUUCAGCCUAUCAGAAAGCAAAGCCUGUGAACUGCCGCUGCCUAGUAUCGACUUAAUGACUGACCAGAAAGAGCUUGUAGCUUCGGAUCUUUGGAGGAUUGUCCUGAACAGCAACCAGAAUUCAGGAGAUGACCAAAGCUCUGAAAGCGAAUCAGGCUCUCAAAGUGUGUGCGAUCAGCUCGUAACUCCAACUGCACUAGCAGCCUGUACCCGAGUGGACUCGUGCUUUACCCCUUGGUUUGUGCCUGCCCUUGGGGUUUCCGUCCAGUUUGCUCAUUUGGAACUUCACCUUUGCCACCAUCUCGAUCAGCUAGGCACAGUGACACCAAAGUUCCUUCAUCCAUUUAUCUCUGAUAAAAAUGUCCCAAAUGAGCUGGAACACUUGAUAAUCUCAUUCAAAGAGCCACAUAUCUAUCUGCGGCAGUGGAACGACAGCUUAGUCUUCAGAGAGAUCCAGUUCUCCACCACGAUUGACUGCAAACUUUUGGAAUAUCGAAAUGUUACGAUGCAGGCGAUCAUGAAGCCCUUUGGGAUGUUUGGGCAGAUUGCUGUUUCUGGAAAUUCAGUGGAAAAGUUACUGGACUGCAAUGUGAUGGUGGAUCCCAUAUUCGUCAGCUUUGGGCAACAUGCAGUUCACUCUCUCCACAAAGCAAUCCAAGCUUGGCAACAGAACCAGUGCCCCGAGGCAGAAGAAUUGGUCUUCAGCCAUUUUGUAAUCUGUAAUGACACACAGGAGACACUGCGGUUUGGCCAGGUGGAUACUGACGAAAAUGUUUUGCUGGCUAGCCUCCACAGUCACCAGUACAGCUGGCGCUCUCACAAGUCCCCGCAGCUGCUGCAUAUCUGUAUUGAAGGUUGGGGAAACUGGCGGUGGUCUGAGCCAUUCAGUGUAGAUAACGGGGGAACAUUUAUCAGAACCAUUCAGUACAAGGGAAGGACGGCAUCCCUUAUCAUCAAGGUCCAACAGCUCAACGGCGUGCAAAAACAAAUCAUUAUUUGUGGGAGACAAAUUGUGUGCAGUUAUCUCUCUGAAAGCAUUGAACUGAAAGUCGUUCAGCAUUACAUUGGGCAGGAUGGACAAGCAGUUGUGAAGGAACAUUUUGACUGCCUUGCACCAAAGCAGAAGCUACCUUCAUACAUCCUAGAAAACAGUGAGCUAACUGAAUUGAGUGUGAAGGCUAAAGGAGAUGAAGACUGGUCAAGAGACGUCACUCUUGAGCCCAAGCACACUGAAUACAGCACAGUCAUUCAGGUGCCGUCUUCAAACAGUUCUAUUAUUUAUGUAUGGUGCAUGGUUUUGACUUUGGAGCCCAACUCGCAAGUACAGCAACGAAUUAUUGUUUUCAGCCCUCUUUUUAUCAUGAGAAGCCAUCUUCCAGAUCCCAUCAUCAUACAUUUAGAGAAAAGGAGCCUGGGAUUGAAUGAAACACAGAUUAUUCCAGGAAGAGGGCAAGAGAAAUCACUGCAAAACAUAGAACCUGAUCUAACCCAUCACCUGACCUUCCAAGCUAGGGAAGAAGAUGAUCCAUCUGAAUGUGCGGUCCCCAUCUCAACAGCACUUAUUAAGCAGAUAGCCACCAAAUCAAACGCUGGAGGCACUGCAAGCGAAAUACUUUCUGAAUUCUACGGGUGUGGCAGUUCCCUACAGUCAGUUUGGCCUUAUUCAAAAAAGGAUUACGUCAGCAGCGAACAGCUCACUCAGUGGGACAGCCCCAUGCGGGUGAAGCUGUCAGUGUGGAAGCCAUGUGUGAAAACUCUGCUGAUAGAACUCCUGCCAUGGGCUCUGCUGAUCAAUCACUCCAAAUGGGAUCUUUGGCUCUUUGAAGGCGAGAAGAUUGUUCUGCAGAUACCUGCUGGGAAAACAAUGAUACCUCCAAACUUUCAGGAAGCUUUCCAAAUUGGAAUAUAUUGGGCAAACACAAACACUGUGCACAAGUCAGUAGCAAUUAAACUCGUCCACAAUAUGACGUCACCCAAAUGGAAGGAUGGAGACAAUGAGGAGGUGGUGACAUUGGAUGAAGAAGGGUUUGUUGAAGCUGAGAUAAGACUUGGAGCCUUCCCAGGGCAUCAGAAGUUGUGUCAGUUCUGCAUUUCUUCGAUUGUUCAACGUGGUAUUCAAAUCCUGCAAAUUGAAGAUAAGAGCAUCAUUGUCAAUAACACUCCAUACCAAAUAUAUUAUAAGCCCCAGCUCUCUGUCGUGAAGCCCCAGUUGAAGGAGGAGUACGUGCAUAGUCCAGACAGUAGCACGUUUAGCAUCUGCUCUGCAACAGAGUCAGACUCUGCCAAAACAAGCUCCAUUCUUUUCUGGGACCUGAUGUCUGACAUUAGCCCAUCAAGUUCUGAUGUGCUGCCUCUUCAGAAGUAUAUGUUGCUAAGCUUCAAACCUGGCAUAAGUGGUCCCAACGCUCUGUUCUGGAGCCCACCAGCCAUCAUCAGACAAGAAUUUCCAAGGCAGAGUAUAGCCAUACCUCUUGGAGAUAAAAAUGGAAAUGACUUGUGCACCAGAGCUAUAGCCCUAACUUAUCAGGAGCAUCUGGGGGUGACGUAUUUAACUCUAUCAGAAGAUCCAAGUCCUCGCAUUAUUAUCCACAACAGGUGUCCCGUGUCUUUACUUUUAAAAGAAAACAUCAAAGAUACUCCACGGUUUGAUAUCUACUGCAAACGUGUCCCAGCAGACAGUUCAGUGCACCAUGAACUUUAUCAUCAAGUCUCCAGCUAUCCGGACUGCAAAACCAAAGACCUGCUCCCCAGCGUUCUUCUGAAAGUGAUUUCAGCAGAGGAGUUAACAAAUGAGUGGAGUGAUGUUGUGGACAUUAAUAAUCAAGGCACACAGAUCAUCUUCUUAACUGGCUUUGGGUAUGUUUACGUGGAUAUUGCUCAUCAGUAUGGAACAAUAGUGAUAACUUUAGCCCCCGAAGGAAGACCAGGACAUCAGAUCAACCUGAACAGAGCUCAGGAGCAGAGCCUCGUGUUCCAAAUAUUCAUCUGCCAGCUCAGCCUCUCUGUGUAUGAUGAUAUCACAAACCCCAGGACAUCAUCCGAACUUGUGCGGUUGAUGCUGGACAAUGUUUACCUUCGUAUGGUUCCGGUCGCCAGCUACCUCAGGCCUCUGUCUCACGAAUUCCGUGGGGAGACCACCAGCGACCUUCAGCAGUUUUAUACUCUCCAGAUCUUUUGCGGAGACUUGCAGCUGGACAAUCAGCUUUACAACAAAUCCAAUUUCCAUUUUCCGGUCCUGCUCUGCCAGGGAGAGAAAAAUGAAUCCGCACAGUGGACUAAAGUGCAUAACCUCAUAGUAUCCAACAAAGACUUGGAAGAGUACAGCGAGAACUCCUUCCUCAAACUCCGCUUCACUCUGUCGGAAGAGCAGAAUUUGCUGUUUCAUGUGAAUGACCUCAGUUUUGAAAUGAAACCAGCACUGUUGUAUGUGGAAGACACAUUUGUUUAUUACAUUAAGACUUUAUUUGAGACGUACCUGCCAGACAGCAGAGGAGUUUGCCGUUCCACAAAAGCUCAUGCUGUAAACCAGAUACUGCCUGAAAGGGUUAGGCAGCAUGCGAACGCUUUGCUCAAUCCAGUGAAAUUAAGGAAGCUGGCAAUUCAGCCGGUUAGCCUCUUGGUCAGCAUCCACGCUUCACUGAAGCUGUACAUUGCUUCAGAUCACACACCCCUCUCCUUCUCCGUCUUUGAGCGCGGACCCAUUUUCACAACUGCCAGGCAGCUGAUUCAUGCAUUGGCCAUGCAUUAUGCUGCAGGAGCAUUAUUCAGAGCAGGAUGGGUCGUGGGAUCUCUGGAAAUCCUUGGAAGCCCUGCCAGCUUGGUAAGAAGCAUAGGAAACGGGAUAGCUGAUUUCUUCAGGCUCCCGUAUGAAGGACUAACUCGUGGGCCAGGAGCCUUUGUGAGUGGUGUCUCCCGAGGAACCACAUCCUUCGUAAAACACAUUUCCAAAGGCACGCUGACAUCAAUUACCAAUCUGGCCACCAGCCUUGCUCGGAACAUGGAUAGGCUGUCGCUGGAUGAGGAGCACUAUAACAGGCAGGAAGAAUGGAGAAGACAACUCCCUGAGAACCUGGGAGAAGGACUGAGGCAGGGCCUCUCUCGACUGGGCAUCAGCCUUCUAGGUGCGAUUGCUGGUAUUGUAGAUCAGCCAAUGCAGAACUUCCAGAAAACAUCAGAGGCCCAGGCUUCAGCUGGGCACAAGGCCAAAGGUGUUAUCUCUGGUGUAGGAAAAGGAAUCAUGGGGGUUUUCGUGAAGCCCAUUGGAGGAGCAGCUGAACUAGUGUCACAGACUGGCUAUGGUAUUUUGCACGGAGCUGGACUUUCUCAGCAUCCCAAACAGCGCUAUCCUCCAAGCGACCAACAUGCGGAGCAGGCUCUGAACAGCCACGUCAAAUACGUCUGGAAAAUGCUUCAGUCUCUAGGGAGACCAGAGGCCCACAUGGCCCUGGAUGUGGUAAUUGUGAGUGGAUCGGGCCAGGAACAUGAAGGAUGUCUGCUGCUUACUUCAGAGGUGCUGUUUGUGGUUAGUGUCAGUGAAGACACACAGCAACAAGCAUUUCCAGUAACUGAAAUCGAGUGUCUACAAGAUAGUCAGCAAAGCAACUUGCUGAAGGUGCAACUCAGACAGCAGAGAGUCCCCUGUGACUUGGAGGCAGAUGGAGGCAGAGAGAGAUUGUCUGAACAACAAUACAACAGACUUGUGGACUACAUCACAAAAUCUUCCUACCAUUUUGCCCCCAGCCCCGUAUCCGUGCAAACCCCAACACAGGUUGUAGCUCCAGAGCCCAUUCCUACAACAGUGAAGACUUAUCAAUACCUGGUGGAUCCUAUUUUUGCCCGAGUAUUCAUCAGUAAAUUUACUGCGGUAAAAAAUAAAGCUUUAAGGAAGGGGUUUCACUGAGAAAAACCUUUAGCAAGAAUUGUGUUUCCACUUUAAAAGUGCAGUGUCUUCUGUGCAGUUGCCUAAUGUGAAUU